AGAAAAAGAGAAAAACAAAACACAAGCUCUUCCGACUUCCAAGGUUUAGUUUCCCGUCUUCUCUCUCCUCAGUCUCUAGUUCCUCCCAUUCGUAAUCUCAGAAAACGUUUCUUUUAGAAAAUUACCAAAAUUCCAAUAGAUUUGGUAAUUAUUGUUAUUAUUGGUGUUUGGAGAUGGCUAAACUUACAGUAGGGUCUGAAGCAGUAGUUGGUUCUCUCACCACUCCUAAAAAGAAAGAUUACAAAGUAACCAACAGGCUCCAAGAAGGCAAACGCCCACUAUACGCCGUCGUUUUCAACUUCAUCGACUCCCGUUUCUACAAUGUCUUCGCCACUGUUGGUGGAAAUAGGGUAACGGUUUAUAGAUGUCUUGAAGGUGGUACAAUUGCUGUUCUCCAGUCCUAUGUUGAUGAGGAUAAGGAGGAGUCUUUCUAUACUGUCAGUUGGGCUUGUGACAUAGAUCGCACUCCAUUGUUAGUUGCCGGUGGUACGAAUGGUGUAAUACGUGUAAUUGAUGCUGCAAAUGAGAAGAUACACAAGAGUUACGUUGGUCACGGAGACUCGAUUAAUGAAAUCAAGACCCAAUCCCUGAAACCAUCCCUUGUUCUUACCGCCAGCAAAGAUGAAUCAGUUCGUUUGUGGAAUGUUCAUACUGGAAUAUGCAUUUUGGUAUUUGCCGGAGCCGGGGGUCAUCGUAAUGAAGUGUUGAGUGUGGAUUUCCAUCCUUCUGAUAUAUAUCGCAUUGCAAGUUGUGGAAUGGACAACACUAUUAAGAUCUGGUCGAUGAAAGAGUUUUGGACAUAUGUGGAAAAAUCUUUUACAUGGACGGAGCUUCCAUCAAAGUUCCCUACAAAAUAUGUGCAGUUCCCUAUCAACAUUGCCGCUGUUCAUACAAACUAUGUUGACUGUACAAGGUGGCUAGGUGAUUUUAUCCUUUCGAAGAGUGUUGACAAUGAGAUUAUAUUGUGGGAGCCUAUUAUGAAGGAGCAAUCUCCUGGUGAGGGUUCAGUUGACAUCCUUCAGAAAUAUCCUGUCCCUGACUGUGAUAUUUGGUUCAUAAAGUUUUCAUGUGAUUUUCAUUACAAUGCAGUAGCAGCAGGAAAUAGGACAGGGGGAAUCUAUAUCUGGGAGCUGCAAUCCUGCCCCCCUGUUCUGAUUGCGAAGCUCUCACAUCCGCUUUCGAAAUCCCCUAUUAGACAAACUGCCAUGUCAUUUGAUGGAAGCACCAUUCUAGCUUGUUGUGAAGAUGGAACAAUUUGGAGAUGGGAUGUAACAUCCUCUUCUUAGAUUUUGGGAGAGCUAGCUGUCAGAAUGUUUCCAAUUAACCAUAUAAUUUUUAAGAGGGUUUUGAACGAAUUCUGUUUUAUCAACUUCUGUCAAAUGAAGAGAGCCAUUAGUACUAAUGGGUGGCAGAGCUUUGGCGGAAGAUGUGCGAUUGUAGAGGCCAAAGAUAUGAGCAUGAAGCCAUGGAGUCCUUUCCUACCUAUCGUGAUUCUAUCUAGCUAGAAUCAUAUUUGUAUCAGCUAUGUUGUAUGGUGAUGAUGGAUUACUUCUUUUAUCCACUAGACUGAGCGUGGAGUUAAAUUAAGUAGUAGAUACCGGGUCAGAUUAGUGUCAGUGCUAGGAAAAUUGUAGAGUUGAAACAGAUGAUUAUAAUAGAGAUUAGUGAGUAGUCCCACUAGUGAGCUAGCUGACCCGUGUAUUAGACCAGGAACAGUUUUCUGUAAUUUGUUAUGGAAAGAAUUACUCAAGAUUUCUCCUCGAGAUAUUAUUAUCAUUUAAUAUACAAAUGAAACCUUCUCAAUUUGGAAACCA